AGAAGAAGAAGACCGGAAGUUGUCUCCUUUUAUUUGGAAUCGUCACGCCGGAUUUUUUUUUUAGUGAAAGGAAUUUAGUACUAUUCUGCCAUCUAAGAAGUGGAGCUCUUCGAUUACUAUUUUUCUUUGUUGGUCAAACUGCAACUGGACCACCGAGGGUGUCUUGAAAAUGAUCAUCCCAGUGCGGUGCUUCACGUGCGGAAAGAUUGUGGGUAACAAGUGGGAGAUGUAUCUUGGCCUCCUCCAGGCAGAGUACACUGAGGGUGAUGCACUUGAUGCUUUGGGCCUGAAGAGAUACUGCUGUCGAAGGAUGCUCCUGUCUCAUGUGGAUCUUAUUGAAAAGUUGUUGAAUUAUGCCCCCCUGGAAAAGUAAUUGCAACUGGCCUCCUCUCACAAUAUUGUGUACUUUGUUAGGCUUCCUUUUGUCUAUUUUGAUGUAAAAGAACAAUGCUUUUUGACAUUACGUUUGAAUUUUAAAAUAAAGCUGUUAAAUGUCA